CGGCUGCAAACACAGGCUGCCUGCAAAUGUUGCGCGCUGUCGUAGCAAAUUAAAAAAAUAAACUUACAUUAUCUGUGGCGCAUAAUUAAUGGCGGGAAAACAAUUUAUUUUCACGUUUACUUGUCAUAUCGAGUAGUAAACUUUUUGAAAUUAGUACGUCUUAAAUAAAGUUUAGUGUUGUUUAAAUUUGCAUAGUUUUAAAGUUUCAGUAUUGAUAAUGGUAUUUCAUGCGUGUAAAAUGUUGUUGUUGUAUUAAUAAAAAUUAAAUAUUGAAUUUUAAAAUGAAUUAGUUGCUUAUGAUUGUAUAAGAAGAUAUAGUGUUCACACCCAAGGGUGUGGUACAAGGAUGCUAGACGAUCUCAGUCCCACUGCGGUUUCAAACUGGAGCUCAACUUUGGGAACACAAGACUUCUACAUAACAUUCUACGAUGAAAUCAACAAGCAGUACAUUAACCAUACAAAUAAUAUUACGCAGGUCUACCAAUCGUUUAUACUACCAUGGUGGCGGCAAAUACUAUGGACGGUGCUAUUUGCGGGCAUGGUAGUGGUGUCCACUGUUGGGAACCUCGUCGUCAUAUGGAUAGUUCUAGCCAAUAAGCGGAUGAGGAGCGUGACCAAUUAUUUUUUAGUGAACCUCUCCAUAGCCGAUACAAUGAUGUCGACGCUGAAUGUUACCUUUAACUUCACGUAUAUGCUGUACUCCGAUUGGCCAUUCGGACACUUCUAUUGCAAAUUUUGCCAAUUCGUAGCAGUACUGAGCAUAUCGGCAUCUGUAUUCACUCUCAUGGCGAUAAGUAUCGAUCGAUAUGUAGCAAUAAUGAGUCCUCUACAACCGCGGUUGGGAAAACGCGCAACGCUCGGCAUAGCAGCUGCCAUUUGGGCUGGCAGCUGUAUAAUUAGUAGCCCGAACUUUCUGUAUUUUACAACCGAAACUGAUCUAUUACCCGACGGAAGCAUAAGACGAAUAUGUUUUCCUGACUGGCCGGAUGGAAUCACUACGAGAUCUCAAUUAGAAUAUAUGUACAAUGUGAUAUUUAUGUUAUUGACGUAUUUCCUACCAAUAAUGUCGAUGAGUUACACAUACGCGAAGGUUGGAAUCGAACUGUGGGGAUCAAAGUCCAUCGGAGAAUGCACGCAGCGACAGUUGGAUAACGUUAAAAGCAAACGAAGGGUCGUGAAAAUGAUGAUAGUCGUUGUGGUUAUAUUUGCUGUUUGUUGGUUGCCAUUCCACGUGUACUUUAUAGUGACGUCAUACUACCCAGAUGUAGUCAACUACAAGUACAUACAAGAGAUAUACCUCGGCAUUUACUGGCUUGCGAUGAGCAACUCUAUGUAUAACCCCAUCAUCUACUGUUGGAUGAAUUCCAAAUUCCGGCGAGGCUUUAAGCAGUUCUUCUGGUGUUGUGGAGCAAUUGGUAACGGUGAUUUUAGUAGACACAGGGCUUUUGGUCCCGAUCGACUCGAUAUGUCCAUGCGAUCAGUCUCCCCAAGUCGAAAGAACGGAACAAGUUUGUUCAAGACGACAUUCAAAACUACAAAGAGUACCAAAAAACCACCCGGCACUCCUCAUUUGCUGCAUGCAAAUAAAAUAGACAAGGAGUUGAACGGUGGCCAAUCCUAGUUGGUAAUUAACUUUAUAGUUGUAUUAUAAACAGAACGACCAUUGCACUGUGGAUUGGCUUGAUACCGUAGUUAGGACCGCUGUACCGCUGGCGUUGGUCAUUGGCCGCAUUCCUUUGCUUAUCAUUUGCUUUUUUCUUGUUUAGCGCUUUCUGAACAUUAUUUUGUGCCUUAUUGCGAGCAAGUGAAUGUUGAAAGCAUCCAUUAAAUUGCAAAAAUUCAAAAAACAAAAUUCACAAUCCAACCAUAAACAAAUCAUCGGGCAGCAAUAUUGAU